ACAAAAAGAAAAAUCCAAAAUUAUCUCUCUUUCUUUUUUCCAUUUCUCUCUCUCUCUCUCUCUCUCAUCACUCAAUAGUAGAUCUUGAUUGAUCUGAAAAAAUGGUGAAGAAGACAUCGUCGUCAUUACACGUUCCGAGUGUAUCUGUUUUGAUGGUGUUGUUAUGUUGUUGUGUUGAUUACAGUCUCUGUGAAAAGAAGAUCAAAACCUAUAAGCUCACCAGAGGAAACUUUAGUGUUACCUUCACUAACUAUGGUGCUGUCAUGACCUCUCUUCUCCUCCCUGACAGACAUGGAAAGCAAGAUGAUGUUGUUCUUGGAUUUGAUAGUCUUGAUAGUUACAAGAAUGAUACAACUUAUUUUGGAGCAAUAGUGGGAAGAGUGGCUAAUAGAAUAGGAGGUGCUCAGUUCAAGUUAAAUGGUCAAUUGUACAAAACCAGUCCCAACGACGGCUAUAACACUCUCCAUGGUGGUACAAAGGGAUUCAGUGAUGUGAUUUGGUCAGUCCAAAGCUACGUUCCCACUAGCCACAUUACUUUCAAAUACGACAGCUUCGACGGUGAAGAAGGUUUCCCCGGAAACGUGACGGUGAAAGUGACGUACAUGAUCGGUAAAAACAUACUCGGAGUUAAAAUGGAAGCAAAACCACUAAACAAACCAACACCAAUCAACUUAGCCCUCCACACAUACUGGAACCUCCGUAGCCACAACUCCGGCGACAUCCUCUCCCACAAAAUCCAACUCCUCGCCGAUAAAAUCACUCCCGUCGACGACACACUCAUCCCAACCGGCGAAAUCACCUCCAUAGCCGGAACACCUUACGAUUUCCUCGAGCCACGCGAGAUCGGGAGCCGGAUCCACGAGCUACCCGGCGGUUACGACAUCAACUACAUCAUCGACGGACCGAUCGGGAAACAUCUGAGGAAAACGGCGGUUGUGACGGAGGAUGUCACAGGGAGGAAGAUGGAGCUGUGGACGAACCAGCCUGGCGUACAGUUCUACACGAGUAACAUGUUGAAACGCGUCGUCGGAAAAGGUAAAGCGGUUUAUGGGAAAUACGGAGGUUUGUGUUUGGAGACUCAAGGCUUCCCAGAUUCCGUCAAUCACAAGAAUUUUCCGACGCAGAUUGUGAACCCCGGCGAGACUUAUUUGCAUGUUAUGCUUUUCAGAUUCACCGCUCAUUAAUCGGGUCGGGUCAGAUCGAUUUGGGUCGGGUUUUUAGGGUUCUAAUUUUCACGAUUAAUAAUAAUAAAUUUGGGGCUCGAUUUUAUUAUGCUUCUUUAAUCUCUUGUAGAUGAAAUAAUUCGACAAGUUCGUGGUAAUGAAAUAAUUCGACUUUUGCA